AUGGCAACAAAGCCUUCAAGUGCAGGAGCAGUGCCAGGUGGGAUCUCGGGCAGUGUGGGCCUUCCAGAGGAGUUCAAGGAGCUGCGGGGGCAUUUGCUUGUGGAGGCUAUAUUUGCUCGGUAUGGAGCCGGCACCAUGACCAUUCCUUGGAUCAAUGAACAUGCGAACCCGGAUUCGCCAGAGUACCGCAACAUCCGUCGCGAUCCAUGCAACAGAAAGAUCAUGGAAAGCCUCGCCGAGGCCUAUGCUGAUAGAAUUCUGCAUACAAAUGCCAUCACCUACAAUCAUCGCUCCGAGGCAAUGUAUCGAGCUUUGAAACGGGCUCCUGAGAAUAUCUAUGUCAAGCGUGCACUCGCUUCGGGACUUGAGAAUGUCAGGAUGUUGUCGGCGAACACCCCGGUCGAGGUGAGGGCAGCUUUGUGUGCCAUGCACAACCGGUAUCACGAGGGCCAAUCGGACAGUUUUGUAUCCCUGCUUGAUGAUGCAGAGGCCAUCAUGGCUGAGUGGGACAAAAAGAUUAAUGGUCCAAACGGGACUGGACUCACAACGAGGAACCCCAACUACGAGUCCUACUUGGAAGCCUUUGUGUUCAAGGAGAAGCAGGCGACACAAUGGGGAGACUCACUGAACUUCUUCAAGCAAACCAGUGUAUUGAACAACCACUGGGUGCAGUUUUAUGUGAAAGAGCCAGUGAAAGAAUGGUCCAACGCGAACGUCGACUUCACGAGCAUGGAUGCAACAAACAGGGACAUCAUCAAGAUUUUGCACCAGUUGACCGUGGUCGUUGUCAAUGGGCUCAACAAGUUCUACCCAAAAGAGUACAUUGGCGCGGCACUGGUUGAGGCAGUCAAGUUUUGCGUGCCUCAGGCAGCCGAGGAUGGUAAAGCUGAAGAGAACACAAAGACCAAAAAAAAGAAGGCAAAAGGCAAAGCUGUGGAAUCACAAGGAUCAGAAGGCCAGAUUCCAUGGAGCAACCUGGCAUUCCCGAACUUGGAGGGAGAUGUCAGGCCAAGUCGCGGUGUGCCCGGCGUUCCUUCAGCAGAUGUUGGCCGCCCAAAACAUGCCUUGGACGACUUCAUGCAUAUCUUCUUUGAGAUUGUUGGCGUGGCCAAAGAAAAGCUGCCAGAGAACCAAAAAGCAGUGCAGUCUUUCCAGGCUUCCACAGUUUCGCUGUUUCGACAUGCGAUCAGCUGCUUUUACGAAUUUGUGUUCUCCGGUUCUGCUGCAGUGAACGGGAAGUUCUGCCGCAACUACAGCAUGUUCAGGCCAGAGCUUCAAGCUUUCAUGAAGUCAGCAGUUGACAUGGCCUUGUCCAACGCUUCUGUUGGUUUGGGGCCAGCAGGUUCUACUACAAGUGACAAAACCAUUCCUCUGUUUGCCGAUUUCAACCUUGAUGCUGGUCUUCAGAUUGGGCAUUUACGAGAUGAAAGUGAUGAAGUCCGGGCGCUUCAGCGGUUGAAGCAAGGAGUGCCUUUGUGUAGAGAAUCUGGGAUGGCGAAUUUUGUUGCUACCAUACUGGAGUUGCCAGUGGACAGCAAUGCGAACUUCAUCACGGCGAAGCAGAGACUGUUGUUGGACCCCAGCUUUGAUUCGGACACCGCCCUUGUCACAGUCUUGCAAAAGAUUUACGAUGAGCUUCGUUCUGCAGUGCCACAACAUUGGGUCAACAUGGCCGCAGACGUGUGUGACCUGAUGGCGGUGCGGCUACAAUUUGUGGAAGACUCGGGGAAGAUUUUCAAGGACGACAAACAUCUGCUGGAACGGUUUGCCGCCCUGAGGUCAUUCUACACGUUGACAAUUUUGAGGGACUUGGGCCGUUUGACAAAGAAGGUGGUCUGGGAUAUCAACACCAGAUUGCUGAUCUCAUCGCUCCAUGUGGACAUGGAAGCGCUGAUGAGGCGUUCUGAGAAACUCUCAAUUGAAACCAAGACCAAGGAUCCGGAUUCCGCUGCCUCAGCUGCCCCUCCACACCAGCCGCACCCAGUUGCCAUGUUGAUCCCGGGCUUUGAUGUGUUGCAGAGUACUUCGGUUGCGAUUAGUAGUGAAACAUGGGCACGCAACUGGGCAGCUCUAUUAACCAACGGGAACAGGUCACCAGAUGCGGCCUUUAGCUUUUUGAAGGUCUACGUGAAGAGUGCAGGUGAUGAGCUUGCCUCUUGGUGGACUGACAGUAUGAAGCCAGAGUCGGCGGCAUCGGCAUUCAACUCAAGGAAGAGGAAGGCAAACCCGGAGACCCAGGGAGGAGGAGGAGGAGGAGAGUCAGAAGGGGAGCAUGAUGAGCAUGAGGCGGCGCCGGACAAACAACAGCCGCCGGACAUUUUGAGCAGCAUGACUUUGGGACAGUUGAGUGUUUGUGGAAUGGAAUUUGUUGCGCGAUCGGAGCACUAUGCCAGCCUCUUUGGCUUCGACAAUGAUGAUUUGGAGACUAUCCGAAUGAACUCCAUCGAUCUCAAGCUUGUGCAAAUGCGAUUGGAAGUCUUUCUUUGGGACUGGCGUCCGGGUUGGGUGCGCGUCGCGUCACGCCAAUCGUUGCAAUUGUUCAAUUGCAGCUCACUUUUGCUGGACCACUUCUUGGAACAUAUCAACACCAUGGGCCGCUUCUUGGUGUGGAACUUUGGCAAUGCAACAGAGGAGGCAGAAGCGUUUGCUGCAGGUUCAAAGCAAAAGCUUUCCAAGGUGACCAAGAAAACUGAGUCUGAGAGGCUACUCUUCGACAACAAGAAAGCCGUAGAAGAGAAAGAUAAAGAGACCUCCAGUAAGAUUUGCAUGCCAUUUGUUGGGAGCAUUUCUACUCUCAAGGCGAGCAAUGGGUACUUGCUCACAGAGGUUCUUGGCAUGCCCUUCUUUGUGAACCCUCCUCCCAAUCUCACCGCAACCAGUUCAAUGAUUGUGCCGGCAUGGUUGGUUCCAGCUACCAGCAAGAAGGAUAACAUCACAGUCGAGGAAAGGCAGAUUGAGGUACUGACCGACAGCCUACGUUGGACGACUGAAGAAGCCGCAGGAGCCGCCGAAGCAUCAGAGAGGUCCAUCAAAGUCACGCUGAAAGUCCCAGUGUUGGUUCCAAACACUUUGGCACUCCGCAUGGGUGUUCCUCCUGCUGCAGAUAGCCCAGAUGUAACGGUUCCACUAUUCAAAGCAGCUCCACCAAAGCCAAAGGGAAGAGCAAAGUUGCUGCCUGAGCCUGCGAUGCCGGAUGCGCCAGUCAUUGGCUUGGCAGCGGCAAUGGAGAAUCGGCGGGAAGCCAUGAACAAGCAGGGAAUGGCAACAUCCAUGCCAGCAAUGACCAAAGAAGAGAGGAAAGCAGAAAAAGACCGCAAGAAGUUGCUUAGCAACGCGAAGCAUUUGCUGAAAUGA